AUGCCCGAGUACUCCGUUGCAGCAGCGGCCAUGGACAGUCGCUGUUUCACGGUGCGCUACGCCUAUCGGCCUGACAUAUUAGACGCAGCCAAGUCAAUGCUGUUGAAAAAGGACCCUGAGGAGGAGGGGACCAAUAAUGGCUAUACUCUGGCUGUGGACGGCGACGAGGUUGGAUUCCGUGGAUCUUCGUCGGCCGCGAAGGAAGUCGAGUGUGUACUAGUGUGGAAUUCCAAAGAACAGGCAUAUGAGCUUCGGCAAUUAGACUUUGCCCUCAGAAUGAAUGCGGUACGGGAGAACCCUCAGGCCUCGAGGCAUCGUCGCCGGCCCGCAUCGACGGGGAAUGUUUCCACACCAAACCUGGCGACGGCGUCUGACACGCCAGAGCCAUAUAUAAUGCCCACGGCCCCAUUACAGGCGCCCUCACCCGCCACUACGCCCUCGAUAGGUGCGGGCGGCCGAUUCCGAGCCGUGGGGGGUCUUUCACAGAACGGCGUCGAGGCCGGGGCCCCUGAGGCCAAUGACGAUGAUUUUGACGAUUUAGCAAAUGAACUUGCCGACGAACUCGGCAUAGAACCGCCAGUGGUUCGCGCAAUCGGCACGGCUGGACCUAAUUUGGACGACGAGGAGGAAAUGUCGGAAGAAGAAUGA